GUCUAUUUUAUCCUUUAUGCUUCUUCAAAAUUUCAAAAUAAAACAAUUUAAACAUCCAAAGAAAUCCCAAACUGUGUUUUGAUGGAGUCUAAGAACGGAGAAAGAGACCAGAGGUCUGAGAACGGAGAAAGGAGAGAGACCAGAGGCAGAGGGAGAGGUCUGAGAUGAAGGCUUGAAAGCGUGACUUUUAAUGACGCUCUAGGAGAGGACGAUUGAAGUGGGUGACCGUGGGAAGGUACGCCUGUUCACUGUGCGGAUUUGACGAAAAACUGUAUGGACCAGUUCAUCGAUUUCGCUCUGUAACCUCUCUUAGUUCCCAUUCUUCAUUUUUUACUUCGUGCACACUGUGCGGAUUUUUUACUUCGUGCACAUUUUUUACUUCCCAAUGAUUUGCCAGCCAUUUGAGCUGUUUUUGAUCGGAAUCUCGCCGGACUCUGGAUGCUUGUAUUCCAAAUUCAAACGGGUCUUCGUCGAUCACAUUAUUGUGCCGGUAGUUUCCAAGAAACAGUGGUCUGUUUUUAUCAACCAAAAAUCUUCUCCAUCAUCUCAUCUUUCUGCUGACAACCAAAAAUCCUCUCAAACCCAAUUGCAGAACAACAACCAUAACUUUGGAAGCCAAAAAAAAAUGGCAAACUGUGAGCAUCAGGCCGUCAACAUAGCAUGGCUACUCUUCGAACUACCAGUCUCCUGUGCUCUUCCUCCUUGUCAUCAUCUUCACGACGAAGAAGAGUAUCGGCUACUCUUAAUACCCCAAAACUCCAACCAAGUUCUCUUUCUUUUCCAAAGAUUCGGACUACGGACUUGGUUGAGAAGUGGAUACACAACAGCCACAACCAUUACCCAGACAGAAACGAAGCCUUUUGACACUAAAGUUGCUACCAAAACCACGAGAGAUGAUCUUGAUGUUAACUCCAAGUCUACGGUCAUUGYGGAGCUUUAUKCAAUCAUGGWAGCUGCUGCAGACAGGGCGGAGAUGCAUGCCAACAUCCAGGAGCAGCGGAAUAACUGGAACCACCUCCUUCUCACCUCCAUUAAUACAAUCACCAUCACCGCUGCAACGAUGGUCGGGCUAGCAGAAACAGCUGGAACGGGAGCGCCACUUGCCGCACUAAAGCUCUCAUGUACUCUAUUAUAUACGGCAGCUACAGGGAUGUUGCUGGUGAUGAACAAGAUUCAGCCAUCGCAACUCGUAGAAGAACAACGCAAUGCGGCAAGGCUAUUCAAGCAACUUCAUGGGGAAUUGUUUGAACUGAAGGAGUUGUUUGAACUCGUAGAAGAACAACGCAGUGAACAAGAUUCUGCUUCAUUUCCUAUUCAAGCCUUGAAUAACCUUCCACUUUGGAGGAAAAGGACAUAGAGAAUAGAGAAAUGGGGAGCUGUUUGAACUGAAGGUGGCUUUGCAAUUGGGAAGGAGCCUAUCAGAACUUAGAGAUCUAGCUGCUUCAGCAUCUUCAAUAGAUGGGGAGGCCAAACAAGAGUUUGCAAGCAAGCUCUUUUGAUUUCUCAUGGAUCGAUCGGAUCCUCUGAUGAUCACAUUUUGCAGCUUUAACAAGACGAAGAGCGCGGUGAAACCCUCAUAUUGGUGAAAUCUAAACCCAAUCCAACAGGAAAAAGAAGGGGAGAGAGAG